AUGUCCAGCUGUAAGGACCAAGCAGCCAUCAGUGAUGUGAUGUGUUUCCUCCAUGAGUGGGACCAGGGCAAUAAGACGGUGCGCAGUCGGAUGCUGAUUGACUUCCUGGCCAAGAACACGGGAAAGACUUGUACUGAACUGGAGCUUGAGUUUGCUCAAGUUGCCAGCCUGUUCUUUGCUCGGCUCACUGCAUGGAUGAGACUGACCUACAUGUUUGGAACAUGUCUAGACCUUCAGCUGAAAGCAGUGGGUGUCUUCCUCUCAGCCAACAGCAGUCAUCAGUACAUGACUGAAUUUCUGGAGGUUGGUGGAGUGCUGACCCUGCUUGAGAUUCUAGGACAAGACCAUCUCAAAGAGGAGGAUAAGACCAAGGCUCUUGACUUGCUCCAGAUAAUCGCCAAUGCAGGCCAGAAAUAUAAAGAGCUUGUCUGUGAAAGCUAUGGUGUGAAGGCCAUAGCUGAAUGUUUGGCCAAGUCUGAGACAGAGAGGACUCAGGAGACAGCCGCCACCCUGCUCAAGUCCUUGGUCCAUGGAAACUCCAAAUACCAGAUCCAGGUGUUCAAGGGCCUGAUCGCCCUGCUGACCUGCAUCUCCCCAAGAGCACAGCAGCUUGUUUUGCAGAUCCUACGUUCAGUGCAUCCUAUUGUAAAAUCUGCUCAUCAUAGCAUAGUGGAACCCUUACUGAAUCUACUGAGGUCACUACAUUUAGAAGUGCAAUAUGAAGCUUCAGAACUGAUAACAGAGCUUAUGCAAUCAGAGGUGAGACCUGCUCUGCUCAGGAGUCUGGUGGCUUAUCUCAAACCAACCAAAGAGGGAAUCCCCAAACACAAGAUUCUGGAGGAUCCAUUGAUGGCCAAAAUGAUUGAGUCUCAUCCAGUGUUCCUCCAGCAAGCAGCUGCAGCUAAAACCAUCAGGACGUUGGCACAGAGCAGUGAGGAAAUAUCUAAAGAACUGCUUUCUCUCAGAGUGAUCCAUCACUUACUGUAUGCAAUGGGCAACCAGGAACAUGCAGAUGCCCAGAGACAAGCAAGCCUGGCUUUGGAGCAUUUUGUGCGCAUGUACCCAGUGGUGGAAGAGCAUGUAUGCAGAGCAAUGGGCACCACCCUGUUUGAGUCUUUCAUGCACAAUGCUGAGGCUCUACAUAUGAGUAUGGACAGCAUUCAAGCUGAAAUUGUACGGUCAAAUGAAGUGAAUAUUUCACGUGUGCUUGAGGAGCAGAAUUUAGAUUCUUGAACACUGCUAGAGAAAGAAGGACAAAACAAUUUGUUGAUAGUUUUAUAUUUUUGUUGAUAGUGUUUUUACUCAUAAAAUAUUAAAAGUGAUCACUUACAAAAAAUUAUGCACAGUCUCUACAUUUCUUUGGUUUAGUUCAAUGGGGGUAUGCUUAAAACAUGACUCAAGUAUGACAUAUACACAGAGUUGGGAGGGUUACUUUUGAAAUGUAUUCCACUACAGAUUACAGAAUACAUGCUGUAAAAUGUCAUUUGUAACAUAUUUCGUUAGAUUACUCAAGGUCAGUAACAUAUUCUAAAUACUUUGGAUUACUUCUUCAGCACUGGUAGAUUUUUUUCACGUGUUUUAACUAUAAAAACUCUGCCAGUACAGUAAGACAAAAUACACAUGUUAAAAAUACAUUCUCUGAAAAACCUAAAUAUCUUAUGCAGUGUUGUUUCUAAAACAAGAUAAAUCAAAUUGAACUUGUUUGAAGGAUUUUUAGAUAUUUUUACAGGAAAACAAUACAAAAAGUAUUAUCAAGAAUAUGAUUUUUGCCCUAAUAUCAAAGGUCUUACUAGAAAAAAAGAAAUUAUGAUCCAACAUGAAUUUUCUUGAUAAAAAAAUAUGAUCGUGUCUGGUAACAUGUGCAUGUAAAAUGGCUAGAAAUAGCAUUUUAGCUUUGCGUAAAGCUGACAAUUAAACAAGGUUUAUUUCUAUUUCUUCUGCUCCAAACUUACUUCAAACUUACUUCUAUGUCUGCUCGUAUAAAUGUAACACAGCAUAAGAAAAUGUUUCACCGCUGUUCAAAUGCACUUUGGAUCACAUCAUUUAUAUGUAUAUAUAUGUUUUCCAUCUGAAAGGACUAAAUUUUAAAUGAAAAAAAUGACACCUUGAGUCACAAGUUUGAAUCCAGGGCAUACUGAGUGACUCCAGUCAGGCUUCCUAAACAACCAAUUGGCCCGGUUGCUAGGGUAGGUAGAGUCACGCUGGGUUAACCUCCUUGUGGUCGCUAUAAUGUGGUUCUCGCUCUCGGUGGGGCGCGUGGUGAGUUGUGCGUGGAUGCCGCGGAGAAUAGCGUGGGCCUCCACACGUGCUACAUCUCUGCGGUAACACGCUCGACAAGCCACGAGAUAAGAUGUGCGGAUUGACGGUCUCAGACUUGGAGGCAACUGAGAUUCGUCCACUGCUACCUGGAUUGAGGCGAGUCACUAUGCCACCACAAGGACUUAGAGUGCAUUGGGAAAUGGGCAUUCCAAAUUGGGGAGAAAAGGGGAGAAAAAAAAAAGAAUAAUUUAAAAUGAAACAAAUGACAAUAAAAUGCAAAUUAAUCUCUUCAGUAAUCAAAAUACUUUUUGAAUGUAACUGUAUUCUAAAUACCAAUUAUUUAAAUUGUAACUGUAGUGGAAUACAGUUACUAAUAUUUUGUAUUUUAAAUACGUAAUCCCAUUACAUGUAUUCUGUUACUCCCAAACCCUGCAUAUACAAUCAGUAAUGUGACCACUUUUACCUUCAGGAUCCAUGCAAUCAUUACCUCUACUCAUCGACAGAAUCCUUUACAUUACUAUGAAAAGCAGAGAAAAAAAUGUACAGUACAUGAGCUGUCUUGAAACAGUUGUCAAAAUGGCAAUCAUAGAGUCCAUGUGUCAACAAAACUAAUCACUCCCAAGUUUAUAUCAAUACAGCAUGACCUGGGGCUCAGCUAAUCCACAGGUUGCUCUAGCCUACACAAGCUUCAUUAUCCUAUGCCCACUAGCCACUACCCUUUCUAAGGGACACAAAAGAAAG